GUCCAGUCGCCCGCCGCCCGCCGUCCACUCCACGUCCCCGGCCCGCCCGCCCGCUGGCGCGCAGCCGUUGAUCGGGUCGAGCUCGACCAGGACCGGUCCCGGUCAUUGAUUUGAUGCUACCACUACUACUACUACUACUACAUCGUGCAUACAUCCAAUACACACACACACGCACCUGCAUGGUCGCCCGACAUCCCAGACCCUGUCUCAGUCCUGGAUGCAAAUUUAGAGACCCUGGGGAGGGGGAUCGACACAUGUUAUAUCAACAAUCCAGACAUCUCGCCCAUUGUGUGCUUUGCAGACCAUUGUAUGCUGCUGCUUGCGUUCGCCCUCUUGUCCAUCUGUCUUGUCUGUCUUGUCUUUUUUCUCUCCCCUCAUGACUGACGCGAGCCCGCCGCCAUGCUCUCGUGCAAAGACCUGUUUUUUGUCUUUGCGCUGACCGCGCUGACCUGGACGGCUCUCGCGGCCGGCGCACCAUCGUCAUCACCGUCAUCAUCAUGGUCGUCGUUGUCAAAAAGGGGCCGCAAUGUCACCAAGGAAUUCACCGUGCGCCUGUCGUGGGAGCCCUACGCCCUGGCCGACGUGCCCCGGAACAUGAUGCUCGUCAACGGGCAGUCUCCCGGGCCGGUCAUGGAGCUGGACCAGGACGACUGGGUGGUUGUCAACCUCAUCAACGACACUCCCUUUAACACGUCGUUGCACUUUCACGGCAUCGAGAUGCACCAGACCCCCUGGGCCGACGGCGUGCCCGGCGUCACGCAACACCCCGUCCACCAAGGCAAGACCUUCACCUACCGCUUCCAGGCGACGCAGUACGGCAGCUACUGGUACCACUCGCACCUGCAGGGCCAGAUCGAAGACGGGUGCUACGGCGCCAUCCUCAUCCACCCGCGCCCCGACGAGCCGAAGCCGUUCCACCUCAUCGCCGGCGGGGAUGAGGACGUGCAGCGGGCGCUCGAGGACGCCGAGGCCAGCGUGUACCCGCUGCUGAUUGCGGACCUGACGCGGCUCGAGUCCAACACCAAGUGGAAAAUGUCCGAGGAGGCCGGCAUAGAGGUGGUGUGCUACGACGCCCUGCUCUUCAACGGCAAGGGGCGCGUGUCGUGUCUGCCCGAGGACGAGAUGGCGGCCAAGAUGAGCUCGACGACGCAGCGCGACCUGGCGCUGCUGCCAGGCUCCAAGCUGACUGACAAGGGAUGUCUGCCAGCCAAGGUCAUGGCCGCGUUUGGCGGCGACGCCAACGCCCUCAAGAAAGACAAGGUGAUCCCCGGCGUCUUCGAGGGCUGCAAGGAGACGAAAGGCGCCACCGAGUUCGUCCGCGCCACGUACCGGGGCGGCGACGCGCAGGACUGGAUCGCCAUCGACCUGAUCGGGGCGACCAACUUUGCCACGCCCGUCGUGUCCAUCGACGGGCACGACAUGUGGGUGUACGCCAUGGACGGGUCGUACAUUGAGCCGCAAAAGGUGAAGAUCAUCAACAUGGCCAACGGAGAGCGGUACAGCGUCCUGGUGCCGCUCAAGGGCACGGGGCGGUUCAAGAUUCGCGCCAACUCCAACACGGCCGCGCAGAUCAUCACCGGGCAUGCCGUGCUCGACGUCCAGGGGGGAUACGUGCCGCCGCUGCCGCCGCCGCCCAGAAACCACACGACGAAGAACAAGCAUGAGAACAAGAAGGAGCAUGGUAACGAUGACGACGACGAUGGCGACAACGGCGACGACGACAACGACCAUGACGGCGGGGAUGAAAAGGAGCCGCAGGUCUACAUCGACAUCAUCGGCACCCCCACGUCCAAGGACCUCGUCGUCUUCGACCAAGCCAUCGCCCGCCCCUUUCCCCCCGCGCCCAUCGCACAGCACGCCGACGCCACCUUUGUGCUCAACAUGCGCCUCGACGGCGCGAGCUACCUGUGGGCGCUCAACAGCACGCGGCUGCAGCCCAUGGCCUUCUUCGACGCGCGCCCGCCGGUGCUGUACAACCCCAAGCCGUGGGAGCACGACAACGUGACCAUCACGACGCGCAACGGCACGUGGGUCGACCUGGUGCUCCUCGCGAGCGUCUUCCCCAUGCCGCCGCACCCCAUCCACAAGCACGGCAACAAGAUGUUCCAGAUCGGCGCCGGGCAGGGCGACUGGCGGUGGUCCAGCGUCGACGAGGCCAUGCGCGAGCUGGGGCCGGCGCAGUUCAACCUGCGCGACCCGCCCCAGAGGGACAGCUUCCUGUCGCAGCAGGCCGUCAAGACGCGCAACUGGGUCGUGGUGCGAUACCAGGUGGUGAACCCGGGCGCGUGGCUGCUGCACUGCCACAUCAACAACCACAUGAUGGGCGGCAUGAUGAUGAUUAUACAGGACGGCGUGGAUGCGUGGCCUGUCAAGGCGAAUGAGCAUGGGCACGGUACAUAAGUGUUUUUUGUUAUUUUUUUUGGGGGGUUUUCAAAUCACUGUAGAGAGAGCCUUGUUGGUACACAAAUUGCGUUGCAUAGUCUAUAAUAUUCCAUGGCACUUGUACACACUCAC